AAUAGCAAUCGCUCACGUUAAUGGCAAAAAUCUUUGGUAUCUCCCCGCCGAGUCCUUCAACCUCAAUUAUUGGAUAAUAUCUCCUUAGGUCGUUGCGUAUUUCAAACGACAUCGUCUCCUCGAUUGAUCCGGCUUCAGGGAUUGGAUGGUCACCCGUUCCACUCAUGGUUUUGUCUUGGCUCGAGUCCGUUUAUUUAAGUACUCAUAGUAAAUCAUCUCUGCUUGAGAUUUUCUGAAGGUUGCCAUAAAUCACCAAUCCAAGAGAAGUCAACUAUAGGUCUGCAACUUAAUCCUCGAUACAAACAGAGAAGAGGGGCGGACGGGCAAAUAGCAGUAUCAAAAAUGGCAGCCUUAGAAGAGGAGCAAGUGAUGGUUGUUGGGAUCGAUGAUAGCCAGCACAGUACAUACGCUUUGGAGUGGACAUUUGAUCACUUCUUCACUCCCCCUCGGGGCUCCAAUUCACCUUUCAAGGUCGUUGUUGUCCAUGCCAAACCUUCCGCUACCUCCGUCGUCAGUCUUGCUGGACCUGGGAUUGCUGAAGUUUUGCCAAUAGUGGAAUCGGACUUGAAGAAGUCAGCUGCAAGAGUCAUCGGAAAGGCUAAGGAAAUUUGCAUCAGUAAAUCGGUGAGUGGUGUGAUCUUUGAAGUGGUGGAAGGUGAUCCUAGAAAUGUUCUUUGCGAGGCUGUAGAGAAGCACCAUGCUUCAGUGCUGGUUGUAGGAAGUCAUGGUUAUGGAGCUAUUAAAAGGGCAGUUUUAGGUAGUGUGAGUGACUAUUGCGCUCAUCAGGCUCACUGCACUGUGAUGAUAGUGAAGAGGCCUAAGAUGCCAUGACUGCUUCUGCGUUAACAAUGUUAUUGAAAACUAUGUAAUAUAUUCCUGUCGUCGUAAAAAACAUGAUGGAAUCUACAGUCAGUUCCAGAUACGUGCAAUCCUCAUGCUGCAUAGUACUGGUACUCGCUAUGUAUCCAUGUUUGUAAUCUGGUUUCCAUGUAGAAAGUUUGCAAGUAUUUUCACCCUUUAUGGGUCGUCC